AUGGCUGCAGCUGGUGGUUUUGCCUCUCGUCCACAAAAUUAUUCAUCUAUUCGCGAAGAUGAUGAUGAAGCACUCGAUAUUCGUGUAGAUUCACAAAAUACACGAUCAACAGGUGAUGAAAAUGUAAAAGCACUUCACGGUCAAGUUCAAGAAGUCGUUGGUGUUAUGAAACAAAAUAUUGAUAAAUUAUUAGAUCGUGAUGUUGCAUUAAAUAAUCUUGUAACACGGGCUGAUGAUCUUCAAACAUCAGCAACAACAUAUAAUCAAACAACGAAACAAUUACGAAAUAAAUUCUGGUGGAAAAAUGCUAAAACAAAUGUAUGCAUUGCUGGCAUUGUGGUUACAGUUUUAAUUAUUAUUAUCAUGUCAAUAUCAUUAAGUCGUAAUAAAAAGAACUAA